AUGUUUAAGGUGAGUUUCAGUGGUUUGCGUGAGCGCGACGUCGUCAGUGAUCUUAAGAAAUCCCUUUUCUGUAUCUGGUUCCAGCUGGUGGUGAUCAUACUGUGCUUCGCCACACUGCUGGUUUCCACCGGGAGUGCACUGAAGAAAGACGAGUAUGAGAUCAAUAUCAAGCACGGUUCGUUCGCCGUCCACCAGCGGCAUGUGAACGCGGACAGUCCGCGCGAGGGCACGUCGCGCUCGGUGCCACUAGCGCCCACGAUUGCCACCGGAAGUGCGAGUAAAGAAAAUGUCCAGCAGCGCAACGAACAGUUCUUUGGUGCCGCGAACGCAGAACGGGGCGGCGCUGGUGCCAGUGGUAGUGCGGACGGUGAGGGGGAACGUAUCUCCUCCACACUGGCGGUUCCAAAACCGACGGUACAAAGUGCAAAGAAAGUGACCACCGGUGAAGUGCUGCCGAGUGUUAAACCGAUCAAGAGCAUAGACUUUAAUGCCGUGUCCCCGGGGCUGGAGGAGGUGCCACUGCAAGCGAAUAUAUUCCAGAGCAGCCAGGGCCGCGGUCAGAACCGUGUUCUGUCGUACCAAUCGGUUGAAUACUAUCCACCGGACGAGCCAAAAGCGGAGCGGGACGCCAUUGUGAGGCCGAUCAGUGCGCAGGACUUUUACAAUACUCCUCAGUUGCGAGAGCGUGGGCCAGUGUUGUUUUCUACCGAUCCAACUAUCACCACUACAACGACCACAACGGUAAAACCUCCCGGCAAGCUGUUUAAAUCGAUUCCAAAAUCCGCCGUAGAGGAGAACGAGGAGAUUUAUCUGCUGCUUAAGUACGAGAAUCCCAGAAAGAAGAUAGAGACACAAACAAACACUAACGUUAGAUCCGAGACCGGAGCUCAGAACAAAGUCAAUGCAAAUCGUGAGCGUCAGGGAACGAUCGAGUCAUCAAGAAACUCACAACAAACUAUCCGCGCCAGUGCGGGAACGCGAAAACGACCACAAACAGAGGAAGAACGACAACCCGACGACUUUCUGCAGGAAGGCUUACGCACUGGAGGAAGUUUUACGACCGUAGGUUAUUUUGUAAGCGACACGGAAACGACCACAUCCAUGACACCGGUAUCCACUUCCACCAAGCAGGCAGAAGUUGAUAAUACAUCUGCAACGGAGAGUUCUCGCAAGAAUGUCCCCCAGGUGCGUUUUGCCUCCGGCAAGUUGCGCAACAGUUACGGAGAUUAUCUGAGUGCCGAUUUUAAGGACUUUGAAGAUUCCAUUCGUCCGAUCGAAGAGAACGUUGAGGAAACACCCGAAGGUGAGACCGAAGAGGACGGAGAAAACGGCAACGAGGAGGAAGUCACGAGUGGACCGGCCGAUAUCGAUGCCAAUAUGGACAUUCAAGAAAUGACAAGAAUUCUCGCUGGGCGUCAGGGCGGUCUGACAAUAUUGGAGUUCAAUCGGUUGUUUAAAGAUUACCUGAAAAAGGAAAUAACCGUUCAAGAUGUGGAAAAUUUUACCAAACUCGAAAAUGCCGAUCAAGAACCACCGAAGGAGACGUCAGCGAUUGAAGAUCCAACCAAAUCCUUUGACAUACGGGCAGAGAAUGGUAAAAAGGUAGCGAAAGUGGGAGAUGGAAACCUGCCCGGUCCUACUCCAGCACAAAAGCAACAGCUCGACCAGUUGAAGGUGCUCAUCAACAAGGGUGCUCUAAAGCCCGGACGGAAGGAGAAGGUGGUUAAGAUUGGAUAUGGAGGAUCGAAAUCGUUCCAAGGCGUGUACAAAUCGCAAAAGUUCCUGGAGAAGGUAAAAUCGGAGCAUACCCCGGCGCUAUCCGAGGGUUCGUGGAGUGGGUCAGAAUACAGGCAACAGCAACCGGUGCGUGAAAUAGGGCCGAUGGCUUACGUAGACAAUCCCGUGUUUGGGUUCGUGCCCGGAGGAAGAAAACGGGCUGGAGCCAAGGAUGGGCAAAAGUCUGCCAACGGUGGGCAAAGCUAUGUAAAGUUCCAGAAGAUUAGUUAA